AUGGUAGCAGAAGCAGAGGUUGUAUUUCAACAGAGUUUGCCGGCGGUUCUUGAUAUUGACGGAGUUUCUUCCGCCGUCAUAUCUCCACUUUCUUCUCCUAAAUUGGGUAUCCUUCGAUCUGCGGCGUCGGUUUCCGCCGGUUUAUCUACUUCUCCGGUGGGUCUAAAUCAGGAGGAUGGUUGCGACUCUAGUGUCCCCGUCUAUGUUCCAAUCAUACGGUCUGGAAGCUACGCUGAUAUAGGGCCAAAGAGAUUCAUGGAAGACGAACACAUUUGCGUAGAUGAUCUGUCCUCUCAAGUUGGGUGUCUUUCUGAAUUGCCAAAGCCAAGUGCUUUCUAUGGGGUUUUUGAUGGUCAUGGAGGAUCAGAAGCAGCAACGUAUGUAAAGCAAAAUGCUAUCAGGCUUUUCUUUGAAGAUGAUAAGUUUCCACAGACAUCAGAAGUGAACAGUGUUUAUGUGGAAGAUGUUAAGAGUUCGUUGAGGAAUGCGUUUCUACAAGCUGAUCUAGCUUUGGCUGAGGAUUGUAGCAUCAGCUCUUCCUCUGGUACUACAGCUCUUACUGCUCUUAUCUCCGGAAGAGUCUUAAUGGUUGCAAAUGCUGGAGACUGCAGAGCAGUUCUUUGCAGAAAAGGCAGAGCAAUAGAGAUGUCUCAUGACCAUACCCCCAUCAAUCUACUUGAGAGAAGAAGAGUAGAAGAAUGUGGAGGUGUCAUUGAAGACGGUUACCUAAACGGAGAGUUAUCUGUAACACGAGCUCUCGGAGACUGGGACAUGAAACGCUCACCACACGGCUCAAAGUCACCACUCAUCUCCGAACCUGAAAUAAAGCAGAUAACGCUAACAGAGGAGGACGAGUUUCUUGUAAUGGGCUGCGACGGGAUUUGGGAUGUCUUGACGAGCCAAGAAGCGGUUAGCAUUGUGAAGCGCGGCUUAAACAGGCACGACGAUCCCACGAGAUGUGCGAGAGAGCUUGUGAUGGAGGCUCUGAGGCUGAGCACGUUUGAUAAUUUAACAGCCGUUGUGGUAUGUUUUGUGACGGGAGACCGAGGAGAUGAGACGAAGGUUUCGUUGGAGAAGAAACGGUGUUGUAGUCUUACUCCGGAGGCUUUCAGAAGCUUGAGGAGUCUGUUGGAUGGCUGAAACUAGUGUGUUCUUGGUGUGACACUGAUGAUGACGAAAAAUUAUCUCACGCUACUUUUGUAUUUAAGCAGCUGAGAAGUCUCAAUAGAUUUGUAGAAUGUAAUACUAUAUAUGAUGAUGUGUGCUUGUGGUCUAUUUUGAUUACAGUUUUGUGUACAAGCUAAGCUGUUUGAUUGUUUUGUUGUGUAUAGUGAGAAGAAAACAUAUAGAAUGCU